CAAACAACUCCCAAGUUUGUGGCCGGAAUGUCGAAAGAAAUGUCGACAGAGCCGUCAAACAACGAAAAGCUCUUUCAAGAGCUGGAUUCCUACAACUGGGAGAAAGAUGGUGAAUUCCAGGCUGGCCUCGCCGCCAUCCUCGGCCCAAACCCAAGCCCCUCCCAGUUGAGAGACCUCACCAUCCGCGCCCGAACAUUCUACUACGCGCGCAAAACAAACCAGACAAUCGACUUCGACGCGUACAAGGCGCAUCUUGCCUCGCAAUCCCCUGAAGAGUUCCCGGCGCCAAAGCCGAGCGACGCUGCUGGGGAGUCGACCCCGCAUCCACCAGCCAGCGGCACCGCCAACGCCGACCCCAAUCCCUCUUUCCCAACCUCUUUCGCGGAUAUUGUCGCCCUCAUCAAUAGUGGUGCUCCGAUACCUGGCAUCAUGGACAUCCCACCUACCGUGCUCGCCGACAAGGCGACCCAGCCGGCCGCUUCGAGGCGAAAGAAGCCGUGGGAGACGCAGGAGGAGCCUAUAAUACCAGAGGGCGAGGGGACGUUUGGCAGUGAUAGGGACCGCAUUAUACCACAGGAGGAAGUAAGCCCAUAAUGGGAAUAAGCUACGAGGUAGUAUAGUUACAGAAUUAUAUAGUUGUAGAUAAAGAAGUGUAUAAAGGGGGAGAUGAAAUAGUAGUUAAAGGAGCAUAACUGCUACUAGAUUACAAUAAGGAAUCAUAAUGUUGUCCAUUUA